UUGCCAGAAGAGUUAGUUAGGUAAGCGGUGAUAACUUUUGAAACGGGUAUAAAAUACGACCCGGAAAAUGCUUGUUCAUAUCGAAGAAGAAGAUGGCAGGAGAAUCAAGCAGUAUUCAAGUCAAUGGAAUGCAAUUUUCAUAUGAUUUUCAAAGUCCCAUAUAUUUCGAUUUCAAUCUCAGUGUUGCUCCCAGAUCUCGAUGUCUUCUUCUCGGUGCAAAUGGAUCAGGGAAAACGACCCUUUUGAAGAUAUUGGCGGGAAAACAUAUGGUCGGUGGAAAAGAUGUAGUCAGGGUGCUGAAUUUAUCGGCUUUUCAUGAUACUCACCUUGUUUGUAGUGGUGAUCUCGCUUACCUUGGAGAGUCUUGGAGCAAAAAUGUUGGUGCUGUUGGAGAUAUUCCACUUCAGGGAGAUUUUUCAGCUGAACAUAUGAUAUUUGGAGUUGAAGGAGUGGAUCCAGUUCGGCGAGAAAAGUUGAUUGAGCUGCUGGAUAUUGAUCUGCAGUGGCGUAUGCACAAGGUAUCCGAUGGUCAGAGGCGUAGAGUACAAAUCUGCAUGGGUCUCCUUCACCCCUACAAGGUUCUUUUAAUGGAUGAGGUCACCGUUGACUUAGAUGUUGUUGCGAGGAUGGAUUUAUUGGAUUUCUUUAAGGAAGAAUGUGAACAGAGAGGAGCUACAAUUGUCUAUGCAACACAUAUAUUUGAUGGACUGGAGACAUGGGCGACUGAUCUUGUUUACAUCCAAGAAGGAGUUCUCAAGAGGACUGAGAAAUUACCCGAGCUUCCUGAGUUGAAGUCCUCCCCUAAUUUGCUUUCAGUAGUUGAGAACUGGUUGCGUUCUGAGACCCCGAUUGAGAAAAAGAAACCGGCUCCCGCUCCAGCAAAAGCUCAAAAGUCCUCUCCUUUUGGCUCUUCUCCAUUUCAGUCAUCUAGACAUAUGUCACAUUAUCGCUGAUUUACACAUCCUGUUUCCAGAGUAGAAUUAAACCUUGCAGGAUUGCCAAUAAAAGAUCAGAGCUGGUUCUUCGGUGUUUGCAGCUUUGAAAAUGUUGUCGUUAUCACGGGCUACACCUUUGGCUUAACUCAAAAGUAGGAACUAUGGCAACUCAGGUUACAUUUACAUGCCGAAGCCUGACGAUGUGCCUUUAGUGCAAGUAUCAAUAGUGUUCCAUUUCCUCUAUUUAUAAUUAGCCUGCAAUUUCUUGUAACAGUAAUCACAAAGUCAUUGAUCAUUUAUGUUUUUGCAGAAUUAUAAAGAAUGGAUGUCUAAGUUUUUUUUUUAAAGAAAUCGAUUCAAAAUUUCCAAA